AAUGACAGUUCUAUCUGACGUCUAUAUUCAGUCAGACGCUAAUCGAUUCUUUACAAGUUUUUAAUCAGUUUUUACACUAUUUUACCCGUGUUUUUACCCAAAAAGACCAUGCACAAUGUGCGCAAGACCGCCCGCAAACCGGAAGACAUGAAACUUCCUCCGGAUCUACUAGACUACACGUUCGAAGAGUUCCUACCAUUCUACAAGGUCAGUGUAAACAAUGUAAAUAUUUGCCAUCAGUAUCUUGAGGUGAAUUUGGUUAAAAAAUAUGAUGCUGCUAAAGAAUUUAAGAUCCCUCACAUCACUGACUUUACUCCGAUGAUGAAUAUAUUGCAAAGCCUCAUAAAUCAAAAGGAAUGUGUUCCGAAGAGCAACACUCUGGCUGCUAAGACAAGUAAUAGGCCUGCUACAAAAGUUGAAGUGCUUUUCCAGUCGAAGCUGGUUGCCCCCCAAAAGGCCUAUCAUCCACAACCUAACCAAAAGGUAGCGGAGAGACAACCACUACAACCAUUUGGGAUUAAAAAAGUGAUGUUCCGACAGCAACAAAAUGAAGAGAGAGCAUUAUCUUCAGCUACCAAUGGAGGAGCUUAUGCAAAAAAUUUUCCAAAGAAAAGAAUUAAAAGCAGCGACUGUAGAAUCGAAUAUAGUAACCCAUCAGCCAAGACCAAACCAAUUGAGAACAACUCCAUAGCGACUCAAGCAAACUUGUCUAAACAAACAAUUGUGCCAGAUACUGAAGAAGAAACCAACAAACAAGCAUGUGACAUAAGUACACUUAAGUUCCAUCCAAAAGAAUCAAAUAAAACCCCAAUGCUCCCCCAGGAAAGUUUUCCAGACUGUGAUGCAGACAAUUGGCUGGAUGUGAUUGAGGAACCAAAACCAAAACCAGUGUCAAAGCCAUCGAAUGUCCGACGUAGUAUCCAAAGAAAAGACAAGCAUGACAAGAGGAUCACUUAUAAGCAGCUACAAAUGCAAUGUAAAGGGGCCAAGCAGGUAGAGCCAUUGAUUAACUGGGUUGAUCCCGACAAAAAAAUUAAAAGAUGCAAGAGGGUCCAAGAUAUCCCACAGAAUUUUAAGCAAGAACAUCAGCACGAAGAAUGGACAAGCAAUUUUAAAGAAGUCCCACAAUUCCAGUUCACAAAAUACAAGCAGGAAGAAAAUAUAUUUAUGCAACCCAAGCCUAAGAGGAAUAGUCAUAAAAAACGUAGACAAGAAAGACCAAUAGCAGCAAGUGAGGUCAUAGUCAAUGAACAACAGACACAAAGAACCUCUGCAACCCAAAAAGCCUGGUCAAUAACAAAUACAAAACCCAAAGAUGAAAAUAUGAAUCAGCCAAAAGACACUGAGGACUUAUCUUUUGAUGACGCAAUGGAGGACUUGAAAAGAAGAUUCAAAAACCAAUUACAGUUUCAUACAGCUUCAAAACAAAUUGAAAUCCAACCGGUUUUGUUCAGAAAUGAAAACAAAACACUGUCUUGCCCCCCUCCCCCUCAAAAAGUGCCUCCUCGAAAACAUGUUGAUCAAAGAGUAAACUCACCCGAACCAGAAGAAAAGCCAGCUGAGCAGGAGACUUAUAGAGUGCCACAGCAAAAUAACUGUAGGUAUGCAGUACCUCCAAGAGAGCCAAAGCCCAGAGCAAUUUGUCCUCCUGAACUAGCCGGUUACCUCAAUCAGAUUUCGGACUCAUACUUAGAUGACACAGUAACCAUUACAAUGUCGCCCUACAAACCAGUACCACGAAGGGUAAAGCCAAAAGAACCUGAAAAAGUGGAACCUCCUGUCGAAAUUGAAGAACCGAAACCAAUUCAAGAAAGAAGACCAGAUUGCAUUGAAUUUGACCCAAUAGAUAUAUAUAAGAGAGAAAUGGCACUACGACCGCCCCCUCCUCCUGGUUAUCCUAUGCCAUUUGAUAUGGAAUUUAUGAGACCAUUAAGCAGAAGCACCCCUAAAAGACAGGAAGAAAGAGGAGAUUCCCCGUACAUGUGUGUUCCUCCCGAACUAAGUGGCUUGAGGCGUCCUGCAGAACCCCACCAACCACAAGUUCCUUUUGGCAGAGACGCACCAAGAACCAUUAACCCUCAAGGACUGGAAGAAUUCUCAAGGUCAAAAGAGCAAACGAUACAAGAGCCAGGGCAAGGACCUCAACGACAUGCGAAGCAGCUGCGUGUCCCUGUAUAUCAGAAAGCAAGAAGCAGAGGAUGUUCACAGUCUAGAUCUAAUGUAAAUCUGCCAGUAGUUGCUGAGGAGGUUGAGAAACAAGAUGACAACUAUAAACAAGGACGAGGAUUUAAUUUGAUGGAGUAUACCAGAAACCAUUGCAAAAAGGCUUGCACAGAAACAUCCUCUGAACUCGAAGCUCGCAUAAGCGAUGAAGAUUUCUCCAUUUCAUCGUUGGAAUCAGCCGAGGUGAACCCUAAUCGGCAGGCUGGAAUAGCAACUUUACGGGCCAUGGGAAUUUUAAACCAAACAGGGAAUAUCAACGAAAAUUGCCAAAUACUAUUUAAGGGAUCCGUAUUUUCACCAAGGGAGUAAAUUAAUAUGUGGUUUAUUAUUUGUUUUUGAAUUAUUAAAUUAUCAGUUUAUAUACAUUUUA